UUUGAUGCAUUUCUUGCUGCAAUCUGCAGUAGUAUAAAUCAGUCAAACUCAACCAAAGAAAGCAAAAAUGGCAAGCCUAAAUUGUUAAUGUGGAAACAAAGAGAUGAACCUUGUCAUACUUCUUCAAGAUCUUGGAGAAUGCCAAUUGAUUCAAAAAGCUGAUACAUACAUAUCAAACAAGGAAAAGUCUUUAGGACACCUUUUAGCGUCGAAACUGGAGAUUCAGGCUCAACAUUGAUCCUUACAUGAUCCAACACUCUUAAUGAAGGUGGUCUAAACCCCUCCAUAUCAGCCUUUGCUUGCUGGUGUCUUCCACUUUCACCUUCGGCCGGUUGUUCUUCACUGCUCAUCUCAACUUCUUGUAUAGUCUCCAUACGGUUGAACUUUUCACCUAGCAAACAGGAGUUCAAAUUUUCAGCAUCAACUGGAUGAAUUGAAGAGAGAUUAGCCCCUCCUAAAACUGGAUUCUCAACCCUAAUCCUCAAAGCAAUGAAUGCAUUCAUUUGUUUGCUCAACUCAUCCGCCUCAACCAUCACUUCAUUCACUUUCUUCUUGUAGAAGUUAACUACUUUAUUGAACUCAUCAUCAAGCUUCCUGAAGAACACAAGCUCAUACUCUCCUCCUUCAUCAGAUGGCAUGAGAAACAUAGUCUGAUACUUCCCAUCUUCUGAUCCCUCGUCGUCCACUGAACUCACUAGUAUCACUUCAUCAUCGACAUGGCCACCACCGCCGUCGCCCUUCCUUGGCGAACCAAGCCUGCACUUGCUUGUUAGCCCGCUAAACGCACGAUACAAUGACACCCUUCUCCUAAAUGACCCUCUUGCUGAAGUCAAUGGAUGGUGUAUUUCUUGUUGUCGAUCCUUGAGAUGAAAUUUGGAGAAUCCAUGAGGUUUGAUCUGAAUUCUGGACAAACAAAGUGCAUUUCAGAGGAUAUAAAGAGCAAUGCAAUGACUGUGGGAAAAUACAGCGUUGUGAAUCCUAAUGAAGGCUACCCUGUGCCUGAUACUCAUAAGCUCACUGUUAAGGUUACUUCCCCUUACGGGAACUUUUAUCACCAUACGGAUCAUGCGGAAUCAGGUAAUUAUGCGUUUACUGCAGCUGAAGCUGGUGACUAUAAUGCUUGCUUUUGGGUACCUAUCCACAACCCUCCAGUCAAUGUGACUGUUGAAUUUGAUUGGAAAACUGGUUUUGCUGCUAAGGAUUGGUCUAAGGUUGCUAAGAAAGGCCAGGUCGAAAUGAUGGAACUGGAGUUAAAGAAGUUGGCUGAUGCUGUGUCUUCCAUUCACGAUGAGAUGUUUUAUCUUCGUGAGAGGGAAGAUGAAAUGCAAAAGCUCAAUAUAGAAACAAAUUCCAGAAUGGCCAGUCUUGGUGUCCUUUCACUCGUAGUUUGCCUAUCGGUUGCUGCAUUGCAGUUAUGGCAUCUGAAGACAUUCUUUGAAAGGAAGAAGCUCCUCUAGAUUUUCCAUGGAAGUUUCUUGCCACGUUAUUGUUUUUCUUCUUUGUUUUUGAGCAGCUUUAGUAAUAUUCAUUCCAUUUUUCUCUUUAUGUUACAAACCAGUUUAUCAAUUGGGCUUUAAUUUAUAGUGCCUAGAAGUUGAUGACAGAAAAUUGCUCUACUUACUGCAUAUUCAAUUGAUUCCUUGCACUUGUGCCGAUUGUUCCUGAAAAA